AUGAAUUUACUUGAUUGAAUCAAACAAAAAAUAUCUUGAGUCCCUGAUGCUGAUACAUAUACAUUAAAAUAGUGAUACGUGCCAAUCUGCUCUCUUGACGCAACAGUCCAAACUUUAUAGCCGCGGUAAACUCGGAUUCCCAGUCAAGAAACAAGUGCACCUUAGGUAAUGUCUAUCAGGCAGGUUUUGGCUGCUUUCCUGUGGUUGGAAAUGGAGGUACACAAUAGUUUCAUUUUAUAUCCAAAGACCCACAGGCAUUGCUCUACCGAGAAACUUUAGAUUUCAGCCCAGGCCAUAGGGGAAUAGUCUUUUAUCUGUAGCUUUCAAAGGAGAGGACUUCGGUAUUAAACAGAUUCCAAGGAGCUGAUCCAUGGAUCAAGCUACUUCAAUAGCCCGCAAUAGGGCAGCAGAAAUCCAUAAACUGCCCACUCAUGACCAAAGCAGCAAGGCAACGAUGAGCCAGAAGGUACUGAAAGCUACACCCAUUUAUGGGAAAUAGACACUCUGUACUGGAGUCGAAAAACCAAUGUGGGAGGUCUUUGGGACUGCGUCACCAAUAUGGCAAACACCUGACUUUAAUAGCCUAAUCUAACCCUGAGUCUGAUCCAAACCAAAUGCUUUUUUUGAAAUUCUGCAAAGAGCUCUACACAACCCAAGAACUAUAGCCUGAGUCUCCUUUUGGCUCGGACUAUCCGAGGUCAAUCGGUGUGGUCCUGCCAACAUUUAUUGGAGACUUAUCAUCUGGUAGUUAGUUUUACCAACAAAUGCUAUCAGAACCAACUCCCAAUUGACAUUAAGAAUCUUCAUAAUAGCCAGAGCCAAAAUAAUGCUUGAGAUAUAGAACUCACAAAAGAAGAGAAAAAACAGUUCGAUUCUUUAAGGGAAGAAGAACGAAAGGAGUACGAAAAGCGGAAAUUCUGAUUUUGGCCUCUUUUCGUCUCAGGAACCCUUUAUCUCGACCAAGUGAUCAUUAUGAAAAUCACUAAAACAAACUCCCAACGCUUGUGGUGGGCAUGUGUUUUCUGUAUGCCACUGUCCGGAAUUGCAAGCUUAGGUGUCAGCUUUUAUAAAGAAAGCUUUCCUUCACACAAUUACGCAUUUGAACUUUGCGAAAAAUACAAGAUUUCAGUGAAUGAGGACGAAAAGCGAAAAUUUGAACAAACUGGAAGCUUUUAA